AUGACAAGUGCUACUUCAAGACUCCAAAACGUCAAUAUCGUGUCUAACAACUAUUCUCGUUACGGUACCUCCGUUUACGAUAAGCUGUACCCUAAUAACAGCGGUAGUUGCCAUAAUGGUGGCAAAAAUCCCACUCCAGGUGGUAAAUUGUCAUCGAUCCCACAAAAAUCUAGAAGCAAGAAGCGCUAUGGUUCAAAUUACUCCAGACCAAUGAGUCAAUCGCCUAUAUCAACGUUCAAAUCUCCGCUCACAAAUCAAAAUCAAGCUAGCGCUCCCGAUGACUCAACUUCUUUAGGUCAGGGACGUAGUGAUGACGUUACCUCUCUAGAUAACGAAACUAUUGUAACAAUGAACUCAAGGAAAUCAAGAAUCAAGAAAAAGUAUAAGUCUUUGAUCUCCACCUCUUCAAAAAAAUUUAUGAAUAAACUGUACGAUCAUAGUGCUUCAUCCGACUCAUUUUCUAUUUUUUCUUUGAAGACCUCCCAUUCUGGUAAACAUGAAAAUUCUAGAUUUGAAAAGUUAAGAAAGAGAAAAUACCACGUCUGGGGUAAGUUUGCCGAUAUCAACGAUUUGCCAGUUGAAAUAAUUGUCAAAAUACUUUCCGAGUUUGAUUUGGGCCGUGAUCAAAAGACACUGGUGAGAAGUCUAUAUGUUUCAAAAAAGUUCUACAAGGCAACAAAAAUUGUUCUUUAUAGGCAACCUUAUUUCACUUCUACUUACAGAGUGGCGCAGUUUGUCACUUCGUUGAGAUUAAAUCCAGAUAACGGGGCAUACGUAAAAAUAUUGGACUUAUCACAUCUGAAACCGGGAAUUAUCGGUCAAGAUUCAAAAGAUUGUCAAGACUUGGACGAUGAAGGCCAUCCAAGGCGUCACAGACGCCGUCGCCAUGGAUCUACCAACACAAGCUUGAGCCUACUUCCGGUUACCCCGACAUCUACCAUUUCUAAUGAGAAUGAUGCUAACAGCGGAGUACUCAAAGACGAUGCUUCAAAUACUGGUGAAUUUGAAGACCUAGCAUUAGCUGGUUGGAGGGAUUGGAGAUAUAGAAAUGAGCCGCUUUAUAGCUCUCCUCUGUUAAACAGCUUUAAAUUGAAAAAAGUCGUUUCUCGUUCUUCUUCCAUUACCUCUACAUCUUCUGGCAAUUCUUCUAGUGCCUACUCCACGAGAAGGCAACGCUCGAAUAGUUCCGUCGCUUCCAUAACAACCAGUAUCAUGUCGUCAAUCUAUAACACUUCUCAUGUUUCAUUAUCUUCAACAACCUCUAGUACCAGUAAUGGCAACAUGUCUUCCGGUAGUAACCUGACAAGAGUCUCUACUGCUAGUUCAUUGAAAAAGGCCUCUGCAAAAUCUGCCAGGACAUCUCCUCAGAAACAAAAACCAAUGCCCGAUGCAUCGUCAUCCUCCUGGUUUAGAAUGAAACUUAAUUCAAGAAACAGGAAGGCAAGAGUGGCCAAUACAAAUGGGUUGAACAGCUCAAAGGCCCAUCCGGAUGAUGAUUCCAAAAAUGCAAAGAAGAACUCGGAGCAUCCAUCCAACUAUCGUCCUUCAAAAUUAAAAUUUAGCAUUGAACAACCAUUUAGCACCCACCAUCCAUAUGCCAACAAAUUCCUUCUAAAAUACGCUCCUUACAAAGAUUUACCUCUAGGUUACAUCUUACAUAUGCUGAACUCAUGUCCUAACCUUGUAGAAUUGAACCUUUCCAACCUAGUUAUUUGUAGCGAUUUCAAACUAAUCAACCAAAGGACCGAAAGAAGAAGAAUGACAUCCUCAUUAUUGCCUGCCGUCCAGGAGUCAAGUAUUUCUGCAGGACCUGAACGAGAUCUAGAAGUCGUCUAUAUGACCGAUUCCGGCAAAGGGUACGAGUACUACGAGAGUCUAAACAAGAAACACUCACGUUCUUCAAGCUUAGGUAACAAUCCGUCUAGUUGGAUCGGUGGUCAGUCGAACUGGAUAGAUUAUCCACCUCCAAUCGACGCACAAACUAAAACCAGAGAGGAACACAGGCGUAACAAUACUUUGAACCAGAACAAAAAUGUUGUAUUGAAGAAAUUGAACCCUUUCGAAAUUUUUAAAAUGAUUUCUAAUAGAAAUGAGGAGAAAGGUGGAUACAGCGCUUUAACCAAGGUGAAAAUGAACGAUAUUGUUUGGUGCAGACAGUACAUGGUGAAGUAUUUUGUGAUGAGAACGUUUCGCCAGCACUUGAGUUACAAAUCCAUGGACAAUAACUCUUAUGAACGUCUCAUAUUCAGUUUCCGGGACUCAGGCUUGGAUAGAAACUUUUCCUGGGCUUGUAAUGCCCGUUUGCAUGAAUUCGUUGCAUUGAUGGUUAUGGAUCAGCUCUCAAAAUCAGACGAUUUAGGGUUAGAAGAGCUCUUCAAUAUCAAGUCUGAAAAGUUGUAUAUAAAAAGUUAUUGUUCUCGUGACACCGAUAUUCUCGAAAUAUCAAAUUUGUUCGAUAUCAAAUAUGGCGUUGGAUCUGAGUCUGAUACUAACUCUGAUUUAAGUCCAGAAGCAGAAUUCUUACAAUUUAGGUUGACCAUAUUAAAAACAGGAAGGCCAACUUCAUUUUGGCUUAGAAAAGUAUCAAAGAAUUAUGUCUCAUUGGUUGUUAAAUUAUGUGUAAACGAAAAUGUCGAUAUGAACAAAGUCAAAGUGGGGAAGCCAACUUUGAAAAUAGACAGUAUUACACGUGAUUUGCUUAGUAGAUUGAAGGAGUUGAGGAGAGUCGAUCUGAGGAGAAAUGUGGGAGAAAAUAACUACUAUGCCGAAAGUAUAAUGUAA